GUUAAAAAUAAUAAUAAAUAAAUAAAUAAAAAAUACUGCAGCGCAUUGAUCUACCGCGCAGCACCGAGUAAACGCGCACUACAAUUUGAAUCAAAUACAGCGUGUCUUGGAACUUAGUAUGGGUAACUGCAGAUGGCAUGACCGCAGUAAAAACUCACAACAGCUUGGCUUCUCGUAAGCGUGUGAACUGGACUUUUAUUUUGUAACGCUGCUAUGGGCUGUGACGUUACACCUCUGCGCGACGGUCCUGCUUUUGUUAUAAAUCGGCAGAAGAAAGAAGAGCUGCUGCUGAAUCGACUGAUCUCCACGUCACACGCUAUUAUAGAGAUGGAGUUCAUUAAAGAGGAGAGUGAAGACGUGAAGAUUGAGGAAAUAAUAAUCAAAUAUGAAGAUCCCGAGGAACAAGCAGAUUUGAUGGCGCUGAAAGAUGAGAGUCAAGAUCUCAAUGAAACGGAUGAGAAAAGUCUGUUAGAGAACCGAGAAUCAGUGACUGCGGAAAAAUCCACAAUGGCUGAGAAGACGUUCUCACCCAAAAGUGAAAAGACAGAUUCAAACGGUGAGUUCAGCUGCCGCCAGUGUGGGAAGAAUUUCACAAAUAAGCAAAACCUCGAAGUCCACAUGAGGAUCCACACCGGAGAGAAGCCCUUCAGCUGCCAGCACUGCGGGAAGAGCUUCAACCAAACUCAAAACCUCAAAGUGCACAUGAGAGUUCACACCGGAGAGAAGCCCUUCAGCUGCCAACAGUGCGGACAGAGUUUCACGCACAAAGGAAACCUCAACGCCCACAUGAGGAUUCACACCGGCGAGAGCGCCUUCAUCUGCAGUCUCUGUGGGAAGAGCUUCUCCAGGAAGGAGAGUCUGAACACUCACAUGAACGUCCACACCGGAGAGAAGCCUUGCAUAUGUGCUCAAUGCGGAAAGAGGUUCAGCUGUAAAGAAACUCUUAAGUUCCACAUGAGGAUCCACACCGGAGAGAAGUGCAGCGUGUGCCAUCACUGCGGAAAGAGUUUCAACCACAAGCGAAGCCUCAACACUCACAUGAGACUGCACACCGGGGAGAAGCCCUUCAUCUGCUCUCAGUGUGGGAAGAGCUUCACCACCAAAGGAAACCUGGAGGUGCACAUGAGGCUUCACACCGGAGAGAAGCCCUUCACGUGUGUUCAGUGCGAGCAGAGUUUCACUUAUCAGAGAGACCUUAAAAGUCACUUGCAGACUCAUUCUUGAAGGAAGUAGUGAGGUUGAUGACAUUUAUAUACUUCUGUUUCAAACGUACAUGGAUGAUCUGGUGCUGCCUUCGCAGAGCUGGAGACCCUUUGCUCUAGCCGGACGCACACAAUUUAACUACACGUCAUGGCAAUGCGUAGUGCAAGAGCUGUGAUUGGUCAGAAUGGUAUCGAUGAUGGGUCUGGGCGGGUCCAAGAGCCGUAAGGGAGGAGCAAGCCUGGUGGCGCGAGUGUUGAACAAGUGACGAGCUCCAGAUGGAUACUUUUGGUUAGCGUUUACUUAAUGAUUCAGUUGUUUCAACUCCAGGUGUGGCAUGGUGGCUCAGUGGUUAGCACUGGUCACUGGUUCGAGUCCUGGCUGGGUCAGUUGGCGUUCCUGUGUGGAGUUUGCAUGUUCCACCUGUGUUGGCGUGGGUUUCCUCCGGGUGCUCCGGUUUACCUCACAAGUCCAAAGACAUGCACUAUAGGGGAAUUGGAUUAACUACAUAGGCUGUAGCAAAUCAGUGUGUAUGGGUGUUUCCCAGUACUGGGUUGUGGCUGGAAGGGCAUCCGCUGUGUAAAACAUAUACCGGAGUAGUGGUCCACUGUGGUUACCCCUGAUGGAAAAAGGACUAAGCCGAAGGAAAACGAAUACAUGAAUGUUGCCAGUUCCCGCUUCUUUUUUCCUUGAAUGCGUGUGAGUUAUGCGCCACGUCAAAGAUUGUAGAAAUACAGAGACUGUUUACUGACAUUACUAUGUAUGGGGAAAAAAGGAACGCUCAGGAUGGCCACCUAGCGAUGUAAGUCCCACCUUUUUCUGGUCGAAAUAGCUAACUGUCGGUCUUUAUAACUAUGCUGUUCUGUGGGGGAGGGGUCUGUAGAGAUUCGUUUGUUACGCCAAACUCUGUCGUUUCGUGACUACUGUGAGCCUGCGUUAAUUUUGACCAGAGAAAAAACAUCACAUAUCGUGUUCUUCCAGUGUUGUCCUUCAGUCUUAGCUCAAGUUUUAUCUGUCCUUAAAGUCCACAUGAACCGGAAGCUGCGACUGUUUUUUUCGUAUUGAUACGCGGUUCCUAGAGAAACAGAAUAUUAAAUGAGAAGACAGUGGGCGUGGCUUGUUUUUCCUACUGCGAGCCGAUUGGACGUAGUAAAGUAGGCGUUUCAUUCAGAAAGGGUUUGGAGAGAGUUAGACUCCUCCUCAUUUCUGUUUGUUGUCAAAAUUACAGCAAGAGGGGCGUAGUUAAGUAUGUUAGCCCCGCCCAUUACCUCAAAAUCAUGCAAUCUGACAAUUUAACUGAAACAAACAGGAAGUGCAUUUUCAAAUUUUGAUUCAAGAUUAAAAAGGGCAAACUACUUUAGUUCUUAAUGACAUGCACAGAUGAAUCGCUCACCACAAAACUAGCAAUGUGAGCUAAGAAAAUCAUAUGGUUAGUUUUAAUUUAAUUCGUUCUUUAAAGUGUUUAAAACAGCAUCCUGUUGUUACCACGGAACAACUGUAAUGUGGCAGGUCAGCUCAGAUUUGGUUGUUGAUUUGAACUAUGUUGUUUUUUUUUUUAGGUAAGCAGAUAUGGAGAUUUUAGAAUGGCCCAUUCAUUUAGACAGGAGUUUGGUUUUGGAUGUACUGGCCGAGGGCUUUGCAAAUAUGGCCGCGGAGUGAGCUAAAUGUUGGCUACUUCUACAGUAAAUUAGCAUUUCACGGAUUUCUGGUGUAAACUUAAAACGCCUGUGAAGAAACUCAACACAAAGGAACAUAGAAACCUCUGCCAGCUAGCAUUUCGGAAGUGUUACUGUCAGAGGAACACAAACAGAACGCAGAAGUAUAAAUGCAUGGCUACAUGAAACACAUGCGCGGUGGGUUAGGUGGUAAAAAUCUGAUGACUUCUCAUGUCCACGGCAAAGUCAGAAGUUGGACAGGUAGUAUUUAGUGUGAACAGAGCUCUUGUGAAAUGCUGAAAACACUAUUUUAAACUGUACAUGUGUAAAUGAACAGUGCCACUCUUUAUUAUAAUGGUGCGUUCACACCAGACGCGGAAGAAGCGUCAAGCGCGAGUGAUUUAUAUGGGAAGUCAAUGCAAAGGCACGAAUGCGGCGCGAAUGGUGCGGCACGAAUUGACCGUUUUGCGUGUUUACUGUAUAGAUCAGGGGUCUCAAACUCAUUUUAGCUCAAGUUCGAAAAUCUGAACUUCAGCAGACAUUCGCGGCGCAUUAACCAAUCAGGAGCUUGCUCUUG